AUGGCACCAAUAUUGCUCAUCUUCAUCUUUGUCACUAUCUCUUUUUCAUUGCUCCUCAAUAGAAGAGAAAGAAUAAGAAGAAUAAGACUUCCACCAAGCCCUCCAACAAUACCUCUACUUGGCAACCUACUAUGGCUCACAAAACCUUUCUCCCAACUUGAACCCACUCUUCACCAUCUUCGUGCUAAGUAUGGCCCUAUUUUCACUCUAUAUGUUGGUGCUCGCCCGGUCAUCUUCAUUAUGGACGGGGACCAUAUUCACCGAUCACUGGUUGAGAACGGUGAGGUUUUCGCUGACCGGCCUCGGCCUGUGUUAGGCAGUGAUCUCAACACCAACCUUCACUCCAUCAACAACACACCUUAUGGCUCUCUAUGGCGUCUCCUCCGUCGUAACCUCGCCUCAGAAGUUAUCCACCCAUGCAAAGCCACCACCAAGUCAAGCACUCACGUCCACCGCAUGGCUCUUAAUAUACUGCUCAACCGUCUCAAGAAUGAAUCCAAGGCCAAUGGUGGCGUUGUCAUCCCAAUUCACAGCAUCAAGAACUCCUUGUCUUUCUUAAUGAUCUCGUUGUGCUUCGGAAUAGUGAAGUUAGAUGAGCAGAUGGUGAAACAGAUUCAGAACGUGCAGUGGCAACUGUUAUUUCUUGUGGACAAACACUUUGCUUUGAAUUUAAUGCCCAAGGUGGCGCUGCUUUUAUUUCUGGGAAGUCUGAGGACAUUGAAACAGCUCCGGAGAGCUCAAAAGGAACUUCUCAUUCCUUUAAUCAGAGCUCGCAAACAACUAGCAAUUCACAAAAGAGACCAGCGUCAUGUGAUAUCUUAUGUGGAUUCACUUCUGGAACUUAGAGUCCCAAAUGGAGUUGGGAAUGUGAGAGAGCUAAGUGAAGAGGAUAUUGUGAGCUUCUGCUCUGAAUUCCUGGAUGCUAGCAUCUGGUCUACCUGCGCAGGCUUGGAGUGGAUAAUGGCGAGCUUGGUGAAGCACCAAGAUGUACAAAAGAAUUUAAAGCAGGAGAUCAAUGGAGUGGUAGGAGAUGAGAAAAGAGAAAUUCAUAUGGAUGAACUACAACGGAUGCCAUACUUGAAGGCGGUGAUCUUUGAGGCUUUGCGGCGUCACCCGCCAGCUCAUUUCUUGAUUCCCCACAGAGUGAAACAGGACGUGCUCGUGGAUGAGUACUUGAUACCUAAGGACGCCGUGAUGAACUGUUUGGUGACAGGCAUGGGGCUGGAUGGGAGGGUGUGGGAGGAACCAUUGGAGUUCAAGCCAGAGAGGUUUAUGGCUGGAGGGGAAGGAGAAGGAGUGGACGUCCAGUGUGGGAAGAGUGAGAUCAAGAUGAUGCCGUUUGGAACCGGGCGGAGAAUGUGCCCUGGCUUGGACAUGGCCAUGAUCCAGCUCCAGUACUUCGUGGCUAAUUUGGUCAAUGAGAUGGAGUUCAAGGAAGUGGAGGGGAUGGAGGUGGAUCUUUCUGAGAAGGCAGAGCUGUUUGUUCCCAUGAAGAACCCAUUCCAUGCACAGAUUAGCUUUGCAUGA